UGCGUGCCUGUCUUCCGGUAGCCCGGAUGUCCGGCGGGCUUCCCCCCCCCACCUCCCUCUCUGCCUGUCCGCCUGGUUGCCAUGAGGUGAUUGUGCACGGUGCUUCUUCAGAGAGACCGGGAGAGAAUGAAGUCCCCCAAGUCCCCCAAGAUAAAGAAGGAGAAGGUGGACCGGGUGGAGUAUGAGGAGACGGAGAAAACCUACGAGGAACUGGUGGGGAGCGUCAAUGCGAUUGCCCAGCCGCUGGCCUCCAGGAAACUGAGCAAGAAGCUGUACAAAUGCGUGAAGAAAGCUGCAAAAGUGAAGCAGAUACGCCGUGGAGUGAAGGAAGUUCAGAAAUUCAUCAACAAAGGGGAGAAGGGGAUUGUCAUAUUGGCUGGUGAUACUCUGCCGAUUGAUGUUUACAGCCACCUACCAAUCUUGUGUGAAGAUAACAACCUUCCUUAUGCUUAUAUCCCUUCCAAAAUGGAUCUGGGAGCUGCUGCAGGAUCCAAAAGGCCAACGUGUGCGAUACUGAUCAAACCUCAUGAAGAGUACCAGGAAGCUUACACUGAGUGCUUAGAUGAGGUGCAGUCACUAAACCUUCCUGUAUGAAGAAAGACUUCAACAAGACUCUUAACCAUCUGCGAUGGACAUUGAAUAUGUUGUCACAAUAUGCUGCACUGGAUGAAUGAUAUCUGUGAAAUGGAUAGUUUCUUCCUGCCAGUUGCAGAAUUAGUUAUUUUCAAUGCUUAUUAAGUUUUUUUUUAUAUCUGAAAAAGAAAGUUGCCUGUUUUCUUUGAGUUCUGAGGGUUGUUCACUUGGCUUAGGACAAUGUCAAUGAAACUAAAAAUCCUGGGGCUAAUAUUUUGGUUUGGGUGAACAUUGGAUGGGUGAAGAUGAUUGUGUUGUUUGUCUGAUAGCAUCAACAAGAGCCACAAACCAUUUCAGUGAUUUGGUCUCGCCUAGUAAUUUUGGUGAGUUACUAGUGCUUCAACAAGGCUGAUCUGCAGCUCAGCUUUCUUGAGGUGGGGGAAAUUUGCAGAGCCACACUAUCAGUAUUCCUUUAAAGGGGUAACAAUCCUGAGGGGUGGAAAACUCUGAGCAACCAGCAGCAGGCAAGAGGAGUUGCAUUACUCCUGGCCUAUCCCCCUUAUAAAGAGUGACACUUUUUUGUUGCUGUUUUUGGAACCGCCUUCACUGGUUCCUUUAAGGAGAGGGCCUGACUGCUGUAUAUUCAGUGCCAUUGGAGUUCAACAAAUGGUUUGGAACCCCCAGCUCCUGUUUAUUGUUCUUGUAUAUCGCAAAAGAAUCUCAUUUUUUUGUGAGAUAACAUAAAAUACCAUUCAGAUUAAUGUGUUCACUUUAAAACGAGUGAGGGUGUUUCAAUAUGUGUCAUGGCCUAGUGGCAAGAAUCAUAAAUAUUUCCAAUUCAUCUGUCCAGCUUGUCAGGUUAUGUAAAAUCCACUUGGAAAUUUCUCUUGUACAAGUUAGAUCAAGAGUCUCACUUUUGUACUGGCUACAGCGAUUUGGUAAAUAUUUUUAUCCUUUGUACAAAGUUUGCAAAAGGCUUUAAUAAAAGAAAGUGAUUAA